CGAGCACUCUUCAAACACAAUGGCUCGGGUGGAGGAGUCCCACUAUCGGCGCCUGUUCCGAGAGUUUCUGCGUCAGAGUUACAUCAAUGGCCUGCAUCCGUUUCUCUAUCAGACACCCUUUCGAUAUGCCAAAGCUAUCUGGCUGGCUCUGCUCACCGGCAUCAUGAUUUACACCCACAUCGUGAUCGCUGACCUCAUCCUGGAGUACCUGGUGCAGCCCACCGAGAUCCACAUGGCCCCCGACCUGGUGCAUGUAGCCAAUAGCCCCUUUCCGGCGGUUGGGGUAUGCACCUCAAACAAAAUCAAUGGACGCCUGCUUCGUAGUUAUGCCGAAAAGCUAUUCCAUCACCAGGGCAACUCCUCGCUGCAGGCGGUGGCCCUAGAUCUGGACGAUAUGGCCGAUCGCCUGCUGGUGCUGGCUCAGUUCUACCUGAACCCCCUCGAGUCCGAUCAUGAACGUUGGAAUGCCACGGAGCUGGAUCGACUGCAUCGUCUGCUCGUCGCUUACCACAACGGCGCUGGUUACUCGGUGCGCGAUAUACUGAGGGACAUGUCGCCCGGUUGCGGGGAUCUGGUGAUCAGGGGCAUUGUCUUCGGGGAGCCUGUCAACACCAGUCAACUGUUCCUCAAAAGACCAACAUCGUCGAAUGUGUGCUGCAUAUUUAACUAUCGACGGCCCAGCUAUUCCCGAUUUCUGACCAAGCGAGCUGAGGAUGACUCAGAAAUGAGAGCUGUUCCAAGGGUUGUCUUUGAAUCGAAUUCCAUUUUGAACAGCGUCCAAUUUGUGCUGCAGGAUACUCUAAAGGAAGAUAUCACAAACACCUUUCACUCCAAUAGCGCUUUUCAACUCACAAUUUUUCCCCAAGAGGACUAUGCCACCAUUCAGUCAACGACUUUGGGAGAGGUGCUGGUGGAUCACUACAGCAUAGUGGAGAUUCCCAUCCAGCCGAUGUUUUUUAGUUCAGGCGAAGAAGUUCGCGGAGUCCCGCCACAUAUACGACGAUGUUACUAUCCCGAAGAAGGCAUGCGGUUGCUGAACCAAUCAUACUACUCCCUGGACGAGUGCCUUUUGGUAUGCCGCAUGAAGAGCAUGAUCGAUCAUUGCGGCUGUGUAUCUCCGCCCAUGGUCGGCAGUUCCAUGGAUCUCCACUACUGUAUGCUACCCGAUCUUCCAUGCCUAAUGAGAUGGAAGAGCAUCUGGUAUGGCUACAGUGACUUCGCCUAUCUGCAGAACAAGGAGGAGAACAUUGCUCAGAGGCAAUGCGAGCAAUGCUUGCCCACCUGCAACGGAGUUAGCAUGAGUAUCACCACCAACGUGGCUCCUUUGAGACGGACUUAUAAUAGUACGGGUUACUUUACCGGUUUACUAAAGGGAUUGACCAACGAGCGACCAUUGGCCAUUAUAAAGCUUUUCUUUAAACUGCGCUUUGCCCAAGCAACAAAAUCCCAAAUGGUUAGCAGUUGGGUUGUUCUGCUAAAUCGCUUUGGAGGUAUUCUCUCGCUCAUGUACGGUUUCAGCAUAGUCAGUUACAUAGAGAUCAUGUACUAUCUUACGGGCAAAGGAUUUGUCUACAUAUACAGGUCAUUCUUAGAUAAGGAGCCUAUCAAUCACAACUAUUCGCUUUACUGGCGUGAGCUUAUGCCCAAGAUCCGUAGGAAUCUGCCCAGACAAGAAUAACUACGAAAAUAA